AUGUCUUCUAAUAAUACACUGGCACUGAUUGAAAAGCUGACCGGAAGAGAGAAUUAUCCAACGUGGAGAUUUGCCGUCCAAACAUAUCUUGAACACGAGGAAUUAUGGCAUUGUGUCACAGCAGAACAAAAGGUCGAUGUCAAACAAGAUACGAAAGCUAAGUCCAAAAUUAUUUUAUUAGUUCAUCCCAUAAACUAUGUACAUAUACAAGAGGCCAAAACUGCCAAAGAAGUGUGGACUAACUUAUCUAGGGCUUUUGAUGACAGAGGAUUGACACGCAGAGUUGGCUUAUUAAGAGAUCUGAUAACCACAAAAUUAGAAACAUGCCAAAACAUUGAAGACUAUGUAAAUAAAAUUAUGUCAACCGCACAUAAAUUAAGAAAUAUUGAUUUUGAUGUAAAAGAUGAAUGGCUGGGAACUUUGCUCCUAGCUGGUUUACCCGAGGUCUAUCAGCCGAUGAUUAUGGCCCUCGAAAGCUCCGGUGUGGCAAUAUCAGCUGACUCUGUGAAAACUAAACUCCUUCAAGAUGUGAGAAACUCUGAUUCUAAUGCCUUAUAUUAUGUUAAUAAAAGCAAAGGAAAUAAGUCGCAGAUUGCCAAACAAGCUUCAGACAAGAUCAAUAAGUCUAAAGGUCCCAGGUGUUAUACGUGCAAUAAAUAUGGGCAUGUAAGUAAAUAUUGUCGAAAUAAGAAACAAAAGUCAGAAAUAUAUAGUAAUAAUAGUACCAAUUAUGUAGCUGUAUUUUCUGCAACAACAAGCAAGGACAAUGGGUGGUACAUAGACUCUAGAGCAUCAAUGCAUAUGACUAUGCACAGUGAUUGGCUCUAUGAUAAAAACCCACCUCCGAUUAGUACCAUCAAGGUGGCGAAUGAUAAGAAACUUUUUGUAGAAGCCUGCGGAAAGAUAAAUUUAAAUGUUGUCAGUAGCAAUGGCAAGAUGAAUACAAUUCAAGUGCAGAAUGUUCUCUAUGUUCCUGGGCUAGCCACCAAUCUUCUUUCUGUUAGUCAAAUCAUUAAAAAUGGAUGUCAAGUACAGUUUGAUCAGAAAGGUUGCAAGAUAAUAAACAAAAACAAUGAAGAAGUUGCCGCUGCAAAGAUGAUAAAUAAUAUGUACAGGCUAAAUACUCACAGCGUUCCAGCAUACAUAUCCGCAUCAAAAGACAAUGAUUGUUAUCUAUGGCAUCAGAGAAUGGCCCAUUUAAAUUUUGAAGAUUUAAAUAAACUAACAGAAUCUGCAGGAAUCAAGUUAGAAAAUAAAGAAAAGGUAAUAUGUAUUUCAUGUCUACAAGGAAAGCAAUCAAGAAUACCUUUUUCUCCUGAAGAAUAUCGAGCACAAGCAAAGCUAGAGCUCAUUCACUCAGAUGUCUGUGGACCUAUGGAGGUACCAUCUCUCGGAGGAGCUCGCUAUUUCGUUACCUUUAUUGACGAUUUUACCAGAAAAGUAUUUAUAUACAUAUUAAAUAAGAAAUCUGAUGUGUUUGAGAGAUUUAAAGAAUUUAAAGUUUUAGUGGAGAACCAACUUGAUUUGACUAUAAAGACUCUCCGUACAGAUAAUGGAACUGAAUAUUUAAGUAAUGAAUUUCAAACUUUCCUUAAAAGGUCUGGAAUUUCACAUCAAACUACCGCUCCUUACACUCCCCAACAAAAUGGUUUGGCAGAGCGAAUGAAUAGGACUCUCUUAGAUCGAGCAAGAUGCAUGCUACUGAAUGCUAAACUGCAAAAACAGUAUUGGGCAGAAGCCGUAUCAACUGCAUCAUACAUCAAAAAUAGGUGGCCAACCCGAGUGUUAGAAUUUUUAACCCCAGAAGAGAAGUGGAGUGGUAAAAGGCCAGACAUUACUAAUUUAAAAAUCUUUGGGUGCGAAGCCAUGGUGCAUGUUCCAAAAGAAAAAGCCAAAAAGUGGGACUCAAAGACAAAUAUAAUGAUUUUUAUUGGUUAUAGUGAACAGACAAAAGGAUAUAGGCUUUUAGAUCCAAAGACAAGAAAAGUAAUCAUAAGCAGAGAUGUGAUUUUGACGGCUCCGUGGCGCAGUGGCUUAGCAAUGAGUUGCUGCGCUGGGGGGCGCGGGUUCGAAUCCCGCACGGAACAAGUAUUUGUAUGGCCUACAAAUGAUUUUUCCAUGUCUGGAUGUUUGUCCUUGUGA